AUGUCCCACUUUGAAAAUAAAGGCCUGAUCCUGGGUGUGAUGGCAGGCACCGCUGGGAUCAGCCUGUUCCUCGUCUGGUACCACAAGGUGCGGAAGGCCGGUGUGCCGGCGGGCGCUCCGGCGCUGCUCACGGCCCUGCACAACGAAACCCCGAGCGAGCAGGGAGCCGUCAUGGUUCUGCACGGGAGGCAGCUGCAGAUCCUGGAGAAACUGAACGGCCUGCUGCUCAGCGUGGACGAGCUGAAGAAGGAGGUGAAGUCCCUCCGAGAGGCUGUCCCGAAGCUGGAGGAGCUGGUCCGAGCCGAGCUGCAGGGCAAGGGGGAUGCGCAGAGGGUCAGCCCCUCGCACAGGGCCACCCGGCGCAGGAAAGCAGAGGCAGCUCCUGGCACAGCAGAAACCACCAGCUCCGAGGAGGCCGAGAGCGAAGGAGGGUGA